AUGCUAGAAGAGAAAAGUGAAGAUAGAGUAUGCUUCUAUUGUGAUGGUUGCCUUAGAAAAGAAGUCCUUACUUUAAAUCCGUGGAGGGAACAUGCUCGUUGGUUUCCCGUUUGCCCACAUGUUCUACAAAGGAAAGGGGAAAGAUUCGUUCAUGAUGUGUUAUAUGAAACUAGGAUUCUCAAAAGACAUCUGAAAGGUCUCAAUAGACCAGCAAAGAUGGAAACAUGUAUAGUUGUAGACGCUCUAGAUGCUGGGUAUUCUAGAUGUCUUAUCGAAGAAACAAUACAGGGAUUUUUUCAAGAAUACGGAAGUUUUCCAUAUAGCGAAGAGAUGUUUGGUUUAUUAAAAAGCAUCAAAGAUUGGAAAACAUUCCCAUAGCCCAGUUACAGUUUGUGUGGAUGUCGAGGGAAAAAACGAUUAAGGUUACUAUUAGAUUUUGAACCACUGGUACAAUACAAGUUUUUAGAUAUUCUAUUUAAACAAACAAAACAUUUGUUGCACCGACAAUACUUUGAUUUGCAUGUUCACAGGUGCUAGAACAUACUUCUUUUUGGAAGAUAUUACUAACUUGUAUAGUUCUCAAAUUUGAGUUAACAAUUAUCUUAUCAUAACAUAAGAUGAAGCCUUGAAAUAAAAAAAAAACCAACAGAAUGGAAAGGAAGAUUGCAUCUUGACCUCAGAAAAAAGUGGAUACUUCGUUUGUGUUGUGUUUAUAUUGUUCAAAGGGAAAUAAUCCUAAUUUUACCACGGUUUUAAUUGUUGAACACAACUAUUGUUGAUAGAGUUUAAUGAUUUAUUUGUAUGUACUGUUAUGUUUUGUUUUGUAAACAUUUGUUGAUACAAUAAAAUAUUUUAUACAAAAAGAAUAUAAGAAGAAGGCCAUUUGUUGUAGAUAUGUUCACUUAAAACACAGUGAAUAAUUAUUUGUGUGACAAAUCAAAUGUUUUCAAACUAUGUGUUUGUAUAAUUACAAGACAAGGGCAGUGGCGGACCCAGACAUUUAAUAAAUGUGGGGGGAGGGGCACUGACUGCCUAAGAGGGGGCCUGAUCUGGUCUUGCUUCAAUGGUUCCUUAUAUAAUCAACCGAAUUUUCAUCAGAAAAAAUCUAAAUCUGCCUCUAAUGGGUGUCGUGUAAUAUCAUUAUUUAAGAAAUUAUUAAGAAGUAUAGCUUUUGAAUAAAAAGGUUGACAACGAUAAAGACUUUUGUUGACUUUAGGACCUCCACAAAACAGUGCGAAAAUUAAAGUUCUGAUAUCGAACCUUUUGCAUCACCAUUUAAUUCUCAUUUGACAUCUUCAGCUGUCUUUUUCACUGACCGACCAACAUCGUGAUACCCGUCUAUUGACAAUUUAAAUAUGUGUCGGGUGCAGGAAUU